UGGCAGCCUGAACAGGUUGCUUCUCUCCAUCGCCUGCAAAGAGCCAGCCGGACGCGCCACUCUCCCCUGGCACUCGCAGAAGGCGGCCCGCACCUCGCCUGUUGCUGCGGGGCAGCAGGAGAAUUUCCCGUCCGACGCCCCCGACGCCUCGCCUAUCCCUGGCCCUGCAGAAGAAAAGGACGGCAUCUGACUCCGGCCGGGGAGAAUGUCGCUCGUAAGGCCGAAGACGGGGCGGCAGCAGCAGCAGCAGCUGGGCGCAGAGCCCUGGGGCGCUUCCUGCGGGGCUGGCGCCGUGGACGACAGCCUCACUAACCUGCAGUGGCUGCAGGGCUUCUCCUUCCUCCCCGCCAGCCCGGAGAAGCCUUCCUCGGCCAGGCUCCUGGGCCCCCCGCGCCUCCUGCAGCAGGGCUCCUAUGCGCCAGCCAGCCCGCCCGCGGGCGACACAGCGGCCAUGGGGGCGCCCACGGGGAUGGGCAAACCCGCCAGCUCCAGCUCCUCCCUGCAGCCCCUCGCCCCCGACCCAGAGGCGGUCGACUACCGGACCAACGGGCAGGUGAAGCCGCCCUACUCCUACGCCACCCUCAUAAGCAUGGCCAUGCGGGCCAGCCCAGAAGCCAAGCUCACGCUCUCGGCCAUCUACGCCUGGAUCACCGAGAACUUCUGCUACUACCGCCACGCAGAGCCCAGCUGGCAGAACUCCAUCCGCCACAACCUGUCCUUGAACAAGUGCUUUCAGAAGGUGGCGCGGCAGAAAGACGAGCCUGGCAAGGGGGGCUUCUGGCGGAUCAACCCCCAGCAUGCAGACAGGUUCGUCGAUGGGAUAUUCCGGCGGAGGCGGGUGCCAACCUUUCCCUGUAUUUCGGCCACUCAGGCAACACCCCCCUUGCCUGCCUCCGGUGCAGAGCUGGGCUGCUUCCGAGGGAGGGGACGAGGCCCCCUGAAAGAGGACCAGACGCCCCGGCUGCCCGGGGGGCAGCGCCACCCUGGUAAGUGCAAGCAGCAGCCAGGCCAGGGCACCAGCAAGGCUGUUUGGACCGGGGCCCGCUCGCCUCUGGCCUCUGUGGGCAGAGAGGGGGUGGCUCUGCCGGGGGACCUCAGCUGGGCGUCUGUGUUGGAGGACACCUUCGUUGGCAGUGGGAGCAGCAUUGAGGACCUGGAGCUGACGGCAGCCCUUGGCUCCCUGGCCGCCGAGGAGGUGGUCCUGGCCUCCUCUGACCAGCCCGUCAGUCCUCUGAGCCAAGAGGGUCCCCCUCACCCUGUCCCAGCCCUGGUGGAAGACUUGACGCUGUAUGCCGAGCCCCUGGGCCAACCGUGGGGGGAGGAGGAAGCAGCCACGGAGCCGCCGCUGGGACCCCCCUGGGCCUUCGAGGAGGAGGGCGGCACCUGCUUUGUCGAGGGCUUCCUAGCCGAGAUGCAGCCAUGGGAAGCAUGAGUUCUGCAGGCCCCCAAGAGGCAAUGAGAAGAUGCAGCAGAAGCCAAAGUGGCCUUGGUUUGCAGCUGACGUCUGCCAGGGGUGGGCAGCCCUGCCCAGAGCAGAGAGGCUGGGGGUGUCCACCAUAGUCGUAGCCUUGCUUGAUGCAAGUCAUGCUGUGGUGUGUAUGGCAGCAUGUCGCAGAGCGCCUGUAUUCCCAAAUGUCAAAAGGCACAACAGAGCUCUGUUAGCUCGGGAUGUACAGCUUUUUCUGAAACCGGUGAGCACACUCUCAGAGGUGCAAGGAUGGGCAAAGCGGGUCUGCCAAAGGGCUGGGGGCCAAGAAACCAGGGGAAAGGGGCACUUCUCGUCCUCUCCCUAUUCAGAAGACUUCAAGGCCUCCCCCUCCUUCCCUUCCUCUGCAUGCAAAACCAAUAUCCGUUUUCCAAAUCAACUUUGGCAGCACAAUGUUUGUAAGUAAAUAUAUGCAAAUAAUUUUGUCUGA